AUGCAGUACAAAAUUCUGAUAUCUGGCGAUCGAGCCGACUUUACCACGCUCACACUCGAUCUCGGCAAAAAGGAAUUGAGCAUUCUCGCCAAUUAUGCAGCCCCCUUCAAUUCUUCAUGGACAGAACUCUCAUCUUCGCAAGGGAGCAUUGAUCGUCUGAUUGGGCUAUCCGAGGGUAUCGAGUCUGGUCUUUUAUACAGCUUCGAAAUUGAUCACGCACAAAAGACUUGCAAAAUUACCAGUCAACAGCCAACUCUAGGAGCACCUGGUCACUUCAUCACGCUACGCGAUAGUUCUGCACUCGUGCUUGGCACCUAUCUGGGAGGAUCCGUUGCCGUUUAUCCCGUUUCCAUUACUGAUGCAAACACGCUUUUACUUAAAGAUGCCCCCCGGACAGAGAUCCUGCCGAAAUUCCCUUACGAGUCGGUUGGGCACGGUCCGAACAAAGGCCGACAGCGACAAUGCCAUAUACAUCAGAUACUCGAAGACAGAAGAGGUUUGCUGUACGCCCCAGACUUGGGAUCAGACCGGGUGUGGAUCCUUCGUCGCGAUAAGGUGAAGCUUGAAAUAUGUGGCUGGCUUCAGUGCCCUCCUGGGACAGGCGCUCGACAUGCUGUGUUGGCUCCUGGUGGGACGAUCAUGUAUGUCAUCGGAGAGCUUUCGCACACGGUCAUCGCCUUUGACUUAUCAACUGCUCCGGCGGAAGCCAUCCGGCCGAUUGAUGGCUUUGCACCCAACAUCAUUCCUUCAACGAUUCAUCCCGACCAUCAAACCAUGAUGGAUUCCGCCGAGAUUUGCCUUCACCCCACCAUUCCGAACGUCUUGUAUGUCAGUAACAGGUGGGAAAGGCACAUUGCGCAGCGCGAGCCUCAUCUCAAAAACGUUCCCAAGGCGCUGCCGCCCGGGGACGAUGUCGCUAUCAUUCUGCUCUCAAAUGAUGGCAAAACGGUGAAGGACAUGAAGCACAUGCGAACUAAUGUCGAUGUCAUCCGUGGCAUGCGGCUCAGCGAUGACGGCAGAUACGUCGUGGUGGCUGGGCAAGAAGGUGGUGGCGUCGAGGUCUACGAAAUCAGUGGGGAUAAAGGCGACGUGUGGACUUUCGUGGCCGGCUUGAAUGAGGGCUUGCAAGGUGGAAUAAAACACGCCAUCUGGCUAUAAAGGUGGAGCAGUUUGCACAGAAAUGUAAAGCGCAUCUCACUCUAUCAAACUUUGGUCCUGUGAAAAUUUACGAUGCUAGAGGCAUAUAAUUGAUAUCUUACCCACUGUUAUGUUCAUUUGUGAGUUUUCGCUGUGUUCAGGAUGUAAGCAGGUGGGGGAUACCUAUUCAGACUGGGUUUUGAUGGACCAGACCCUGGUUGGACAUGCCAGUUUGUUAUCUUGCUACAGGAUGGAUUGAAAUCGGUUGCACUAUUUUGCUAUAUAUUUCUUCCCAGACAUAUGCUUUGAAACACAAUAACCCACCUUUGGCAUAUUUUCCUUGGCCCUAAAAUGAAUCAGUGAGAGCGAGUGUUUACUAACAUGUGUGGAAGUACCAUCCUUGUUGAAGCUUUGCUUUAAUUUUUAUUGAACGACAUACUAUGUGACAUCCUCAGACGUGUGCC